CUGUUGCUGUGGUAUUGUUUUUGUUGUGUGGGUUCCUGGAGGCGUAGUUUUCUGUUUCUGAUCAUUACUCAUAAAAAUGGCGCUGGUGGAUCACGAUUCCUGGGACAUCGAGUACGAGGGCUGCGAGCGACUGCGCCAUCAGCUGCUGGUGUACCUCAACCAGCGUCAGCAGCUCAAUCAGAAGGCGAGCUCGUACGUCCAACUGACCAGCAGCAUACAGACCGGAAUAGAGCAGCUGGCCAAGGACGUAAAGCACCUAAAGGUGGUGCUGGACAACGCCAUCACCUGGGAGACGAGCCCCGAGGAGGAGUUGCAGCAGCGGCGCAUCGACUGGGACAGACUCACCUCGCAGCUGCGAGAGAUCCGUGAGAAGUUCGCAAACAGCACCCGCUCCAAUGUCCUGACGGCAUCCGGUUCUGCUUGGCAGGAUCAGGAUCUCUUGCCGGGUCAAAGCCAUCCCUCGCGGAACACCGCAUUGGAUGUGGAGGCCCUGAAGCAGAGAAAGACCGAGAUGCUGGCGCAACAGAACGAAGGACUCGAGGUGCUAUCAGCCACAUUGUCCAGACAGCGCCAACUGGCCACACAGUUGGGUAACGAGGUGGAGGACCAGAACAAUAUCCUUGACAACUUGGCUAACGCCAUGGACCGCGUGGAAACGGGUGUGCAGCGGGAAACACAGAGCAUUGGACAGGUCAACCGGCGAGACAGCACCUGGGGCUAUUGGCUCGUCAUCAUUGCCUUGUUUGUCGCCAUCAUCGUCGUGGUCUUCGUCUAGUUGCUACGAACCAUUCCAUUUGUUUUAUUGGCUUAUAGUGUGACCUGCGUGGAAUGUCUAUCUAUCGUUAACCCAAAGUUUGAUUAUUUAUGUACACACCAAUUAAAGUAGGAUUUAUAAGUA